AUGUCGGGGAGGAGAGAUGUGGCACCAUCGACCAAAGAAAACGCCUACCCCGCUGCUGGUUCAGAUGACUCAGCUGCUCUACAGAAGACCAGGAACCGCGCUAAAUAUUUGAGAGACGUCGUCGCUCGGCUGGAAACGGCAGAAAGCCUUUGGCAAAAGUCAGCAGAACGGCCUCAAAGACGUGAACUUGUUGGGCGAGUUGCUGAAAUUAAGAGUGUUGGGGUAGGGUAUGCAAGAUCGGGACUAACAAAGAAACCCGUCGUAAGUAUGGAAAUAAAUAGCAGCAGCGUCGAGAGAAAGCUGUAUGUUGGCGACAGAGCAGAGGUUACCGGUCGGAAAGGGACAGUGAUGUUUGUUGGUCCUGCAGGUUUCGCAGGAGGGCGCGUAGUUGCUGGGUUGCGACUUGAUGAAAAGCGUGCUACAUCGGCAUGUGACGGCAUGUAUGAUGGCGAGCGCUUAUUCCGUUGCAAAGCCGGUUUUGGAAUCAUUGUUCCAAUAGAAGAUGUGAACAAGUUGAAUGAGGCCGAGUAUGGUACUGAUUCGGAUUUGUCGCCAGUGCCACCGCUAUUGUUUGGCCGGAGAGAAGCAUGUGAUCCGAUAUUUGCUAUGAAAUCCUUGGUUGGUCACGAGUGUGCGAAAUCUAAAAUGCAAGCCGUGGUCAAUGCAUUGCAGGUAAACCGACGUAGGGUUGCUGCAGGGGCGAGGGCAGAGCCGGCGCCCCACAUUGUUCUUGCUGGCCCUUCAGGGAGCGGCAAGUCGCUGUUGGCCCAACUUCUAGCUCGCAUCAUAUCUGACCAUGAUGUAUCAAGGCAUGGCCCUUUGAUUAAGGCAUCGAAGAAUGAUCUCAUAUCAAUCGGGCGAUCGCCGGGAAGAACUGCUGAACUCGUCAUCCAGCAAUGCGAGAAAGCAGAGGGUGGGGUACUCCUUAUCGACGACUUUCACCGCUUGCUUCCAUCAGGAAUCGACGCCGCAAGGGACUUGCCCGGGAUGGAGGCGAUUGAAUCCCUGGCCGUAGAGAUUGAGCGGCGAUCACGAUGGCCAGAUAAAUACGUCGUGCUCGUCGUUGCAGGCGACGCGGACGGCAUCGCAUCGACGCGGAGAAUUUGCCCUCAAUUAGAUGCCAUGCUUCCGCCGCCAGUUAUGCUGCCGAAUUUUUCUCCAUCAGAGAUAGUCACCCUUAUAGAUACCAUGGCCACUGAAAGAGGAUUCUCACUUGCCAUUGGGCUCAAGAACGACCCAUCUUUGGAGCACAUCGCCGCUGAAGCAGGGCGUCGUGCGGAAUACACGCGCAAAAAUGCACACCUGGCACGUGCACUGCUUGAGCAGGCAAUUGACCAUCAAACUGAGCGCGUGUUCACCCUUGGAACGGUGGGGAAGGAUUCGCUUACCAUUCUUGAAAAGUGUGAUUUCGUUAGGGAUACGGGCGGAGAUGAAAGCAGCACGACUUAUUCCGCGUCGGCCCUUCGGAUGCAACAUGACACUGCGACAGCUGUUUCAGAGCUGGAAAACAUUGUUGGCUUGCAAAGUGUUAAAGAGUUCAUCAUAUCCCUCAGGGCGCACCUUUUGGUUGAGAAAGAGCGCGUUGCAGCUGGUCUCCCUUCUGCAGGAGGUGGCGCUCUGCACAUGAUUUUUGUCGGAAAUCCUGGUACGGGGAAGACUACUGUGGCUCGUAUUGUAGCGAACCUUAUGCGAGCAUUGGGAGUCUUGAGGCGUGGGCAUCUUGUGGAAGCUGAUCGCUCCUCCCUCGUUGCUGGAUAUUCAGGUCAGACAGCCCUGAAGACAAAAGCUGUAGUCCAAGACGCUCUUGGAGGUGUUCUGUUCCUUGACGAGGCCUAUGCACUUGUUUCUGGUGACAAUGAUUCUUUUGGAAAGGAGGCUUUAGAUACACUAAUGAAAGAGAUGGAGGAUCAUAGAGAAGACUUGGUAGUUAUUGCUGCUGGAUACGCUGCUGAGAUGAGGGGUUUGUUAGCAGCCAAUCCAGGACUUGAGUCGCGGUUCCCAACCACACUUCACUUUGCGGAUUAUAGCGCGGUGGAGUUGAUGAAGAUCGCGGACAGCGUCUUGGAACCGCAGAAAAUGAAGUUAGGAAGCGGGGCGAGGGAGCUGUUGCUAAGGUUCUUUGAGGCAGAAGUUGCCAGUCGUGGACCCCACUAUCGGGGCAGCAACGGCCGAGGUGUGAGGAAUUUGCUUGAGACGAUAAAGAGGGCGCAGGCGUUGAGGUUGGCGCAAAUCGAAAUACCUAAGAGUGUACAUGACCUCGUCACCCUCACGCGGGAAGACUGUGAAGUCGCUUGCGCCCUCGUGAAGCAAUAA